GACAAUCUCUAUCUCUCUCUCUCUUCAGUUACAGCUCACUAGAAGAAAGCACCAGCUCUUUCACUUGACCAGCUUUUUCUUGGACCAGGGAUUCCAUUGUAAUGUGUUACUUUUCACUUGUAGUACUUGCUGCUACUUUCUUUUUCAACUUCUUCACUAGUUUUGUUUUCUCAGAAACCUACAUUGUCCACUGUUGUUUUCUGUCAGAUGUCUUUUUUCAUAGGGUUUUGUUCAAAGCAACUUGAUAACUGGUGGCUUUCUGGUAGAGAACGUGUUUUAAAGUGUUGAACUUCUAAUUCAAGCAAAAUGUUUGGUUUCUCUCGUAGACGCAUGAAACUCGGCAGAGUGAAGAAGGUACAACUCUCGGAUGCAACACUUGUAACUAGAAGUCCUAUUAGACCGCAGAAACGAAUUAACAAUCCCAAUAGUGAAGGUGUUGCCCCUACAAUUAGUCAUUCUGAUGAGCUCGAUUGUCAGUGUUCAUCUGGUCCACCUGAUAUUAAUAACUCUACAUCAGGAAACUCUGAGAACUGGAUGGUGUUGUCUAUAUCUGGGGACAAACCAGCGCCUCGAUCCAAUCAUGCUGCGACUGUGAUUGGUGACAAGAUGAUUGUGGUUGGUGGUGAGUCUGGAAGUGGAUUGUUAGAUGAUGUACAGGUGCUUAAUUUUGACCAAUUUACCUGGACUGCAAUUUCAUCGAAGCUUUACUUGUCACCGAGCAGCCUGCCGCUAAAGAUCCCUGCAUGCAAGGGCCAUUGUCUGGUUUCAUGGGGGAAGAAGGCACUUCUAAUUGGAGGAAAAACAGAUCCUGCAAGUGAUAGAAUUUCAGUGUGGGCAUUUGACACAGAAACAGAGUGUUGGUCACUUUUGGAAGCAAAGGGAGAUGUGCCGGUUGCUCGCAGUGGUCAUACAGCUGUCAGGGCAAGCUAUGCUUUAAUUUUAUUUGGGGGUGAAGAUGCUAAAAGGAGAAAAUUAAAUGAUCUACAUAUGUUUGAUCUGAAGUCUUUAACAUGGCUCCCUUUACAUUGCACAGGAACAGCACCAUCUCCAAGAUCCAACCAUUUGGCUGCUCUUUGUGAUGAUAAAAUGCUACUUAUAUUUGGAGGAGCAUCAAAGUCACGGACUUUGAAUGACUUGUAUUCACUUGACUUUGAAACGAUGGGUUGGUCAAGAAUAAAGAUACGAGGUUUCCAUCCAUCUCCUAGGGCUGGUUGUUGUGGAGUUUUAUGUGGAACUAAAUGGUACAUAGCAGGAGGUGGUAGCCGAAAAAAACGACACUCGGAAACUUUGGUUUUUGAUAUUUUGAAAGUGGAGUGGUCUGUAGCCUUUGCAGCAUCCCCAUCUUCUAUCACGACGAACAAGGGAUUUAGCAUGGUGCUUGUGCAACACAAGGAAAAGGAUUUUCUAGUUGCAUUUGGAGGAUCCAAAAAGGAGCCAUCAAAUCAGGUUGAAGUUAUGGGUAUGGAUAAGAAUGAAUCAUCCAUGAGUCGAAAAUCUGUUGCUAGUAAAGGUCCUGACCCUAUGUUGUUUGGAAAACGGUCAUCAUCCAUGGGGCUGGGUGCACAACUCAGUACUGGUUCUUCCCAGCGUUCAGACGAAUCCCUUGCAAGACAAAUUUUGGCAUCUGCAGUUGAGCAGCAUGUUUCUGGUAGAAAAUCUUUGUCAGAGACACUUUUUGAUCCAUAUUCUGUUUCUGGCAGUGUCUCACUGCACAAGCAAUUUCACGAGGAAGAACAUAACACAGCUGUUAAGAUGGCAAAGAAUUCAGAAGAUGGAACAUUUUCAUCUAUGGCAAUGGGACACCAAACAAGUCAACCUGAUAUGUCAAUUCAGACUAACGUGUCAAUAGGUAAAAUUAUUGCGGAGGAGAAUUCUCAUGUGUUUGAGUAUGAAAAUUUGAAUUCCCAGAAUCAAGGAAUUGGAAACCAUCUACUUGAUAAUCCGGAUGUAUUAGUACCAGAAACUGACGGUAUAACAGGAGGCCAUUCAAGUGUAUAUCAAUUAUAUGAAACAAAAAUAACUGCACUAAUACGAAAGAAUGGGAUACUGGAGGGACAACUGGCUGCUGCAUUGUCAAGUCGAGAUGCUGCAGAGAAAAAUCUAUCCUCUGUUAUGAAGAGUAAACAAGAUAUGGAGAAAAAGUUGGCAGACACACGAAGGGAGAUGGAGUUGCUAAAAGAGAAGCUAGCUGGUGUAGAGCUAGCACAAGAAGAGGCCAACAGCUUGUCAAAUAUUGUCCAUUCUGACAAUGUAAGGCUUGAGCAUGAGUUGGCUUUCCUUAAGGCAGUUUUGGAUGAUACACAGAAGGAACUACAUUCUACUAGGGGAGUCCUCGCAGGGGAAAGGGCUAGAGCAUUCCAACUACAGGUUGAAGUUUUCCAUCUCAAACAAAGAUUGCAAUCCAUGGAAAAUCGAGUUCCCACCCCUAGGAAACAAUUCAAUGUCUAGCAAGUGAAAAAAUAUAUGUUGGGCAACGAAAUGCUGUACAAGAACAGAUAUGGUAGGAAUGGUCUGAAAAUUGCCAUCCAUCUGAAUGGCCUUAUUUUGAUGCAAGUCACGCUGUUGUACAAGUUUUUCGUUGCAAUAUUAACAUUCAUCAGAUGCCAGUCUAUUUGACAAAUUCUCACAA